AUGUUGGAUAAAGGUUCCGAGGAAAAGCUCCUUACCGACUACGAGCCGAAAAGGUGCAGGAAAAUGCCCAGAGAGCGAAAAAGCACCCAAGCAUCCUGCCAAGAGUCCAGAAGACGCGGAUCCCUCUUCAGAGUUGAUCUCGCCAAGGUCAUAGCCAAGAAGGAACAUUUCGUAUUUUCAGGAUUUCUUGACAAAUUCAUUACAUAA